UAUUUAGCACUCGUUCAGUUGCACGUUAGUAUUUACUGUGAUCAAAGUUCGAGAAAGGAACAUCAUGCCCGAGACGAAAAUAUACCGCGAGGAGGAGGUCAAAAAGAAGAACUCGGCCCAAGAGUGCUGGCUUAUUCUCCACGACAAAAUAUACGAUGUCACGAAGUUUUUAGAAGAGCACCCGGGUGGUGAAGAGGUUCUACUAGAACAGUCAGGCAAGGAUGGCACUGAGGCAUUUGAAGAUGUCGGACAUUCCACGGAUGCAAGGCAGCUUAUGGAGGAUUAUCUAAUAGGAGAGCUACAUCCGGAUGAUAGAAAGGCAAGGCCACCGCCAAAAACUAGUACUGUUAGUGGGCCAGACAGUGAUGGAAAUACGUGGGCCAGCUGGUUAAUACCCCUGGGUAUGGCCAUAGCCGCAGCAUUGCUGUACAGAUUAGUGAUUGCACCCAAUUCUGCUAGCUAAAACAGAGGCAUACAGAGACUGGCUAUACCAGGCAGAGAAAACAUGAAAUAUAUACAUUAUUGUAUGUGAUGUGUUAAAAGAUAUGACAAUACUUGUUACAAUGGGUGGGGGAAGAAAUGAAAUAUAUGGACAGAGAAAAAUAAAUUAUCCAUUAUGUAAUAUGACAUAUUCAAAGUAAUGACAACACCUAGAGGGGUUGGGUGGGUGGGUGGG